AUAUAUAUCUGUUUUCUACUAACAUCACAUUAUGGAUGCAGGAUCUUUUGCUACUCCUUCCACUACCAAAUCGCAAUCCCAAUUCCUUCAACGUCGCAAUGCUCGCAAAAUUACUUGGGAAAGAACCCUGGAUGUACCUGAUCUUGCCGAUGAUUUUUACUUGAAUAUAUUGGAUUGGGGAAGCAGCAAUGUUCUUGCAAUAGCUCUUGGAUCAACAGUGUACUUAUGGGAUGCUACCGACUGUAUUACGUCAGAGCUUGUGACUGUUGAUGAUGAGAGCGGCCCAGUUACCAGUGUCAAAUGGGCACCUGAUGGACGUCACAUUUUCGUUGGUCUAAACAACGACGAUGUCCAGCUUUGGGACUCAAUGGCUAAUAGAUUGUUGAGAACCUUGAAAGGUGGUCACCAGUCUCGGGUUGGUGCAUUGGACUGGAACAACUACAUUCUCACUACAGGAGGAAUGGACGGACUGAUUGUUAACAAUGAUGUUAGAAUCAGUUCACCCAUAGUCGAAAUCUACUCUGGCCACCACCGAGAAGUUUGUGGCUUGAAGUGGUCAGCCUCUGGUCAGCAAUUAGCCAGUGGUGGAAACGAUAAUCUUCUUCACAUUUGGGACAGAUCCAUGGCUUCUGGAAAUGCUCCAACUCAAUAUCUUUACAGGCUCGAGUAUCACACUGCAGCAGUGAAAGCCCUUGCUUGGUGCCCAUUCCAAGCUAAUCUUUUGGCUACCGGAGGUGGUGGUGGUGACAAUUGUAUCAACUUUUGGAACACACACACUGGUGCUGGCCUGCUCUCGGUUGACACAGGGUCACAAGUGUCUGCACUUCUUUGGAGCAAGAACGAGCGUGAGCAGCUGAGCUCACAUGGGCUUACACAGAAACAGAUGACUCUAUGGAAGUACCCCUCAAUGGCUAAGAUGUCUGAGAUCACUGGCCAUACUUCAAGAGUUCUUUUCAUGGCACAGAGCCCGGAUGGAUGUACAGUUGCAGUUGCUGCAGGAGACGAGACCUUGAGAUUCUGGAACAUUUUCGGGAGCCCUGAGGAAGGCGUUUUUGAUGCCGACAAGGCUUACUUGGCUGCCAUUGACAAUUUCGGUGCCAUGAUGUCCAAAAGCAAUGCUCAUACACCAGAUGUUCUUAUCAGAUGGGCCAUGCAAUUACAACAAAGGUCUCGUUUACGGACAAGAAACUUUAGGGAGAAAGAUAAGUUGUGGAGCCAGGGAAAAAGGCUUUACGAGAAUGCACUUGUCAUGGACUCAAACGAUUUCCAGGUAAAAGAAGCCCUGCCUACAUGCGAUCUGAAUUAAGGUAUAAGAACUAUUAUUGGUCUUUUUGACUCUAACAGUCGAUUAUGGCAUAAGGAUGCAAGUUUUUUUAGCAUAUUUGAACGUUCUUAUAUCUUUUCGAAUUCGUUAAACAACUGUAAUGUUCAAAAACAUAGAAAUAAUCUUAUAGUAAUUUGUAAUUGAUGCACAUGUAAUACCAUUGAUUUUGGUCAAACUCCAAAUUAUAGAAACUCCAAUAAUUGAUGUUGCUAAUAAUAUGAUAUUGUUGUUA